CAGGAAGCAGGUGAGGCGCGGGCUGUUCGGAGCAUGCGCACACAAAUUUUCCGUUACGAAUCAAGCACACUUGAGCACACAGGUGUUUGGAUUCAGGUGAGACUCUUAGCAGUAUGCGCUGUGGGGUCCCGGCUCCUGCCGAAGAGGUCGCAGAAUGUUUGUGGAUCCCUCUUUGGCCGGAUUCCAAAUUCGUGGAUGAGAGUUUCCAAAGCAGGAAAGAUGAAGAGACAGAAAAAAGUCCUUGUACAGAUGCUAAUGGAGGUGAAGAUUGUUUAGCUGCUAACGCGGAGACAAAUAAUUCAAGAGAUCAAGAUAAGACCGUACGGACACAAAUCACGGACUUGAACGCACCCAUGAGGCCUGGCAUUCUUGUCCAGAGACGGAAUAAAGAAGAGGUGGUCACACCCUUAGAAAACAAAGAGAACAUAGAAGAGGGGAAGGACAAAAUGAAAGAGAAGCAAGAGCCUAAGGAAACUGGAGGAAAUGGUGAAGAGGUGAUGCCCUUUUCUCCUCUCAAGGACCAGGAUGAAGAUUUGCAAAAACCACCCAUACCUCUCACUAGAACUCCUUCAGCUGUUGAAAACCACAAAAGACCUUUAAAAGGAGUGACAUUUUCUAGGGAGGUAAUUGUUGUGGACCUUGGGAAGGAAUACCGGACACCUCGAAGCUAUACUCGAGAACAUAAAGAAAGAAAAUGAGCUCAAAAAAAGCUGAGAGUGAAAGAAAUGUAAGCUUAGACUAACAGUGAAAUGACUGGGGGUACAAUAUCGUGUUGAAACAGUAAAAUAUGGGGAAUUAAGCAAAUACAAAUAGUAUUUUACCUUUGAGCACAAAGAAGUGGGCUACAUGCAAAAUUCUGUGAGUAAAAUACC